AUGGCGCACGAUCCCAGCUUGGGCUUCGCUGACUACUUCUCGGCGGCGGCGGGCGCCACGGCGAUGGACGACGACGACGGGGCGCCGGAGCUCUAUGGCUUGCACGCCGACAUGGAGUACCUCGGCAUGCGUGGCCUGGCCGCCAUGCCCGCUGCGGCACACCACCAUCAUCAUCACGGCCACGGCCACGGCCACAGCAAGGCCGGUGUACUCCUCGACGACGACGCGGGGGUGGAGCCAGACGGCAGCGGCUCCACGGACGACGCCACCAUGCGCUUCCUGAGCGAGCAGCAGCAUCCGAGCCAACAGGCGCCGCUGUCGCUAUCGCUGUGCCGGCCGGACGGCGGCGGCGUGGGCGUGGGCGUGACGACGUUGCACGAGCAGCACCUCGGCGGCGGGUCGUCCCGGUACCAUCAGCAGCAGCCGACGCCCGCGGUGUGGGUGCAGCAGCACGACUACUCGCCGCAGGGGCCGCAGCCGCAGCACGCGUGGCACCUGCGUGGCUCCAGGUUCCUCGUCCCGGCGCAGCAGGUCCUGCAGGAGUUCUGCAGCCUCCCCGUGGACAGCAGCAGCGCCGCCGCCUCCAGCAAGCGCGCCAAGGCCGACGCAAAGCUGUCCUCGCACCACCAGCAACAGCAGGAAGACGGCGGCGGCGGCGGCGGCGGGUCGUCGUCGUCGGCCUCGUGGGCGCCGUCGCCGCAGAUCCAGGCCAUGGAUGCGCUGGAGCUGCAGCGGCUCAAGGACAAGCUCUACAUCAUGCUGGAAGAGGUGGACCGGAGAUACCGUCGGUACUGCGAGCAGAUGCGGGCGCUGGCGGGUGGGUUCGAGGCGGUGGCCGGUGAGCGCGCGGCGGCGGCGUACACGGCGCUGGCGUGGCGCACCAUCUCGCGGCACUUCCGGAGCCUCCGGGACGGCGUGGUGGCGCAGCUGCAGGCGGCGCGGAGGGCGCUCGGGGAGAAGGACGUGGCGGUGCCCGGGAUGACGCGCGGGGACACUCCGCGGCUGAGGGUGCUGGACCAGUGCAUCCGCCAGCAGAAGGCGCUCACCCAGGCCGGCAUGAUGGAGAGCCACCCGUGGCGCCCGCAGCGCGGACUCCCCGAGCGCGCAGUCACCAUCCUCCGGGCAUGGCUCUUCGAGCACUUCCUGCACCCGUAUCCAAGCGACGUGGACAAGCAUAUCCUGGCUCGCCAGACGGGCCUCUCACGGAGCCAGGUGUCCAACUGGUUCAUCAAUGCGCGGGUCAGGCUCUGGAAGCCAAUGGUGGAGGAGAUGUACGUCGGGGAGAUGAAGGCCGAAGGCCAGCUGGAAGACGGCGGCAGCGGUGGGGACCAGCAGCAGGGCGUCGUCAGCAACAACCCUAACCCGAGCAACGCCGCCGCCGAGGCGGCUGAUGAUGGCUGCGGGGACAACGGCGCCGUCGUCGUCGACCGGAAGCCGACGCGGGCACAGCUCCUGCACGACGCGGGCUCGCUCGCCUCGGUCGUCAACAUCGGCGGCUCGCGCGCGGGAGCCGCCGCGCGGCCGCUCGAGAACUUCGGCAUCAUGGACCACCCCGACUUCGACGCGUACGGUGGCGGCGGCGGCCACCAUGCCGGCGGGGGCUUCAGCGGGGGCGGCGGCGUGUCCCUCACGCUGGGCCUGCAGCAGCACGACUCCCACGACGGCGGCGGCGUCAACAUCGCGUUCGGCGCGCCGCCGCAGCCCGCUCACCACCACCACGGCGCCGCCUUGGGGUACCUGUUCGCUCCGACGACGACGACGGCCGGCCAUCAGAUGGGCGGCGGCCUGCACCCGGGACAACACCACGUCCAGUUCGGCGGCGCCAGCAUCGACGGCGAGGCGGCGCAGCAAGGGCAGGAGCACUACCGGAGCCUGCAGGGUGCCGGGUUUCACCUCCUGCGUGACCUGGCCGGGUGA